CCCUUUAUUGUUGUUAUUCUUUUUCUUAGGUAAGCAAAUAGCAGAUCGAUCUCGGAAUGCAAUAUUUCAUUAGGUAACAAACAAACACGUGGAUAUAAGAAAAGCAACGCUUGGAACAAAAGCAAAGCCUUCCUUCUUCCUCACACAAGAAGGUACAACCAAGUAGACUUUCAGCAUAACAGCUUCCAUCAUCAAGAGCCCCACCGCAUCUCCCUACAAUGAGGAUAUGAUAGUGGCUGGCUGUGGAGGUCCUGAAAGCAAAGAGAAACACCAAAAAAUGCCCCCAGAAGUGCCUCAUUGUCGCUCUCCUGUAACUCCUCAAGUUCGAUUCUCUUCCCCGGUGUCACUUAAGGCACAACUAGAUCAACCUUAUCAGCACAAGCACUGCAGAGGAUCUAAAAACAUGAACUUUAGCAGAAAGAAACUCAUCCCUUUCCUUGUUUUGAUCCUUUCAAUCAUUUCUGUACUCAGACUUCUCAGAAUUGCAAUAACAACUUCAUCUCCUUCCCCUCCAUUUCCUGCCUCGACUGCCUUGCCUCCUACUGCUCUUGGAGAUGCAUGUUCUCCUCUCUCCACAUGCUCUAAGUUUCCAUCAGAAAAAAAGGUGUCUGCCAACGUCACCGGCCUCAGGGAAAAGGAAUACCGCCUUCUGUCAAAUCUCAUUAGGCAGAAAGCUCCCUGCAACCUCCUCAUUUUCGGGAUUGAUCCUCAGUAUGUAUCUCUCUCAUCAAUCAAUGCAGGUGGCACCACCAUCUUUCUAGAGGACGAUCACAACAAGAUAAGCACACUGAAGACUAAUUCCAACACCACCAGAGUCUACCAGGUGGACUACCAGAUACCUGCAAAAGAGGCUUACAAACUGCUCAAGCAUGCAAGGGAAAACCCAGAUUGUGCACCUAGCUCAAAACUCCAACUAUCCAAAUGUCAACUUGCAUUGAAAAACUUACCACAAGAAGUUUAUGAGCUUAAAUGGGAUGUGGUGGUGGUGGACGGACCAAGCGGCAGUACACCAGACGAACCGGGGAGGAUGGCAGCAAUCUAUACUGCUAGUAUGAUGGCAAGAAAUGGGAAUAUUACAGAUGUGGUAGUGCAUGAUGUAGAUCGAAUGAUUGAGAAGUGGUUUUCCUGGGAGUUUCUGUGUGAUGAGAACUUAGUUUCUUCGAAAGGGAGAUUAUGGAACUUUAGGAUCACAGGCCAAUCAAACUCUACAAAUUUUUGCCCUGCCAAAACCAUUACGAUAGAGUAAUAUAAUAGCUUCUAUUGUUACUAUUAUUUUUAUUUUUCCCCCAUGAGGUGUAAGUAGAAAGAACAAGCUCCUUUCAUUAUUGAUAUUUUCAAUAGAGCAAUGGUAAAAGUAGGAAAACCGGAUGCCAUACAGUUCUUCCUGAACCAGCUCAACAUGGCAGACAGAAAAACAGAUAUUUCAAAUUGUGAGAUUGCAGCCAUAAAAAUAGAGUAGGAGCUCUUUUUCUUUCUCCUGGGGUACAGAGUCCUUGUAAAAAAGAUUCCCAUCACUUCUUCCUCCUUAUUUUCUUUGUAAAUAAGAAUCAUUAUUUGCGGGCGAA